AAAUUCGCAUGGUCAUAAAGUUACAGUCGCACCGGUUAUAUGCCGAGGCCGAGAAGAAUCGAAAUAGGACAAAAGCGUUGACACAAAGCGAUAUCCAAUUUAUCUUUCUGCAUAUUGUAUUGAAGAUACUGCAUUAUGCCACCAACUUCAGAAGGACAAAUGAACAUGUCCCAGGGUCAUAUGGGGAUGGGUGUGGGGACAAUAUCCCUGGCAACCUUGAUUGAUUUUAUAGUACAGAGAACAUACCAUGAGCUUAUUGUUCUGUCAGAAAUACUUCCAAGGAAAACAGAUAUGGAAAGGAAAAUUGAGAUUGUUCAGUAUGCAAGUCGUACCAGGCAGUUGUUCAUACGUCUUCUUGCCUUGGUCAAGUGGGCAAACAGUGCCAGCAAGGUGGACAAAUGUGUGGAGAUCUGUAACUUCCUGGAACAACAGUCUAUGUGGUUUGUUGAGACUGCAGAUACUUUGUCAAGAAUGGCAAGGGAGACCCUUGUAAAUGCCAGACUUCCGAAUUUCUCACUACCAUGUGCAAUAGAUGUGCUUACACUUGGUACCUAUCCAAGACUCCCAAAAUGUAUCAGAGAAAAGAUAGUUCCACCUGACCCAAUUACACCCAAUGAGAAAAAGCAGGUACUUCAAAGGUUAAACCAGGUCAUCCAGUACAGACUUGUGUCCUGUGAACUACCACAGCAGAUGAGAAAGUUGAAAAUCGAAAAUGGGCGUGUCAAGUUUCUUGUAGAGAAUGAGUUCCAGGUGACCCUGACUCUGAUGGAGGACAGUCCUGUGAUACCGUGGCGGCUGUUAGAUAUUGAUAUCCUUGUAGAGGACCAUGAAACAGGAGAUGGGAAAGCAUUGGUACACAGUCUACAGAUAGGCUACAUACACAGGCUAGCUCAGUCUAGAUUGCUGGAUAAUGACAAACCACUACAUGACCUAUACAGAGUCCUACAUUCAUUUUGUCAGUCUUUACAGCUUGAAGUUCUUAACUCACAGACACAAAAGCUGAUACGGGAAAGACUGGGUGAUUCUCUCAGUAUAGAUGAGUAUGCUGUGGGAAAAUGUCUGACUGUGUCUUAUUGGAAAGAUCAUACAAAGAAAGAAAAGGAAAAACAGCAAGAUGCCAUAAGAUAUAAGCUAUCAGUCCAUGUGAAUGAUGAGGAUGAUGCGAAACAAUUAUGUGUGUCUCAUGUCCCCUCCAUGUUGCCAGACGAGUGUCGCAGGAUUGGCCUUACAAUACAGAGUGAACAUCUCUCCAUAGAAAAACUGCUCAUGCAAACUAUUGAGGUCAGAACAAGGUCAAAACUGAAGGACUUGUCAUAUUCCAUUCAAAGGUUUAUUGAAGGCAAAUGUGAGAUCAAAGAUUUACCUCUAGGUCUCCAUGUCCCUGUGGUUUAUCCCUGUACAUCGUCAGAACAACUCCGUAUAACAGUGGAUGCUCAGAGAGGAAUGCUGCUGGCUUCUUUGCCAUCAUUAGAGUUUCCAGUCUUGCAAGAUCUUGAAGAGACACUUAAUGGAGAUAGAAAAAAUAUACAGAAGCAUCUUGUUAGCUUGAGACUACAGAUGACUAUAUUGCGAUGUGAACGGUCUGUGAAUUGUCUGCACACAGUAGCCUGUCAUAACCUACCUAUAGUGAACCAGUCUGAUCAUGGUCUUGAUGAAUUACCCAAACACAGACUGUAUGUACCUGUGCCAAAACAACCAAAUCAUUACGUGGUUGCUUGUGUAGAAGAUAAUCCACCAAGAUCUGUUGAACUGGUAUACCAUCUGCUUGAAACGGCACCAUGUCUUGCUGAGGGAAUGGAAGUGGAGCUAGGGGAGGAUAACUCUGUUAAAACUUUCCUUAAAGCAGUUCGACUUAUACCUCUUGAUACAUUUGCCUUUACAAAUGGUCCAUACACAAGUAUUUAUAAAGAACCUGAAGAAUCUGAGAUAGAGAGCUUCCAUAGGAAACGAAAGUUAUUGCUUGGAGAAUACCUUGAGCCAGUAGGAAAGAAACAGAAGACAUCUCCAUACUUUGUCACUGAUUUAGUUCAUGUAGUGGCAGCAUGUGAGGAGAAAUUGCCUUUUGUUUUCCUUGGAGAGGAGUUGAUGGAACUGGGGAUAUUACAUACCAAUAUACAAGUGGACAAAGAGGCCAUGGGACUUGUGAUGGAUAUUAUACAUUUCCCUGAUGUACCAAGUGUCAAAAAAGCAGAUUGUGAAGCGUUCAGAAGAAGUUUGCUGUCGUGUAAAAUCAGAAGUGUAACUAAACCAGCUAGAUACUGGCAGAUUGAAUUCCUGUUUACAAAUGACCUGAUGCCAACUCAGAGUCCAAAAGAGGCGGGGCCAACACAGCGAGUGAUUUGUUGCUACGAGCGACACUCGGACAAUCACCAGAAAACAGUGAAAGAAUUGUGGGAUGAGUGGACGGCCAUGUGCAAUCUGUAUUCCAUUGUUAAACCAUUCUCUGAUAUGAUGACUGAUGAUCAGACUGGACUACAAGGGAUUACAAAGGUGAAAUCUUACAAUUACAAGAGAUUGAGUGUAAUAUAUGGUCCAGGAUAUCCUAGUCUAAUGCAUGUUUUUUGGAGAUGUGAUCAGAAACAGUUUGUUUUGUCAUUGGGGAGAGAAGGCCAGGCCACCAUGAAUCCUCACGUUGUCAUGGCAACCCAACUUCAACAUGACCUUAAUACAACAAGGUCGUUGUCAUAUGUAAUACAGAUACUCCAUGAUACUUGGUCACCGAUGAAUUCCCUUCACAAAUUGUCAUCUGCAGUAAUACUUGGUGUAGGCACACACCCAAAACAGUCUACACAGGGUUUUACAGUUCUGCCACAGUCCUCUACACAUGUCCGAAUCUCUUACAGAAAUAAUUACUGUCUAGAUGUACAUUUCCGUAGUAACAAAGCUGUAGCAGUAAGGGAUGGAGCCUACAGUCUGUUUGAUACCAGCAAGGCCACUGAAGGAUUCACACCUAUACCUAUGCUGAAGGCCUUUCUUGGUAUGUUUGUGGAUGAUUCGGUAACUGGAAGUAAUGUUCAUCGCCGUUCUACAACAGAAGAUGACAACCCUCCAUCCCCAAUGGUAAAUUUAGACAACAUGGAUGUGUUCAAUAUCUCACAGUCUCACCAGUCUACAGGCUCACCAGGCGGUCGGAGAGCUGAGCAAAUUGCACCUUCGCCAUCAACAUUUAUUGGUACCCCAUCUCCAGGCAACAUUCUAGCGGCUGGUUCCCCUAGUAACCCACAACUACAUGUGCCAUCACCGGGCUCUUUUGUCCCUGCCCCAUCACCAAGUUCCCUUGGAAUACACAUGCAGUCUCCUGCAAGCUCAUUCAUCAGUCCACAAGGCAUGGGUGACAGUGGUUCACCAUAUCCUAACACUGGGCUUGCUAUGCCAUCCCCAGGGCAGAGGAACUGGCCCAACUCACCAUCUAUCCAGCCGUCUCCAGUCUCACGGCAUGGUAUGGUUGCCUCACCUGGGCAUCCAACCUUGCACUCGCCACAAACACAGUUGAAAGAUGAUCAUAAUAAAGCUUCAGUUAUGAGUCCACCAUCAAGAACUUUACCACAGAGAGCUUGGGCAGCAUCUACACCUACCUUGCUAUCGCACGAGGCAUUUGACAAUCUACUGAAACAGACACCUCUGCAGCAGCUGCCGUAUCACGUGCCAUUGUCCCCACUGGAGAGAUUCUUGGGCUGCAAGUUCUUAAGAAGACAUAUAGCAAGGGUUAUUGGUCAAGAGAAACAUUUAACAAAUAUUCAAGCACCAGAGCCAGGUGUAAAUGUGUUCAAGGCUGAGACACUACAGUUCCGUGUGUCAUUGAAUACUUCAAACCUGCAGUCACUACACAUGAAAAUACAGCCACUGCCAGAAUACAUGGAUCAGUGGUCUCAAGAAGAAAUACAAAUAUUUGAGAAAUAUUUUGAUCUAAAGGUUGCAUGUCCACCAUAUAAGUCCAACUCACUGACAGCUUUCAGCAGGUUAUUGAAGGCACAGAUCAGGAUACUGAAAGAUGUGAUACAGAUUAUGAGACUAGAACUGAUGCCAAACCAGGAUCGAAGCUUGAAAUGGUCGGUGCAGCUAUUACUGACUGUGCCGCCAGCAUAUGCACACAUGGCCCCAGCGGGCACACCGGCUAUUGUUGUUGUUCAGAAAAUGAUCCUUAUGCUGCAGCUGACAAGAAUUAAUGUUCCAAUGGCCCAGCAACAACCCCAACAACAACAACAACCUGACCCCCAAACUAUCACAAUACCGCUUCUUUACAAUAUACAAGACAACACCAUCACCCUUGUUGAGAAAGGACCCACACUACCUAAUGCGAACCUACAGCAGGUUUCGCAGCAUCUGAAGAGGUUCAUGGAACGGUUUCACUCUAGUACAGAAUGUGCAAUCUACCCAGCAGUGAGAGAACUUCUAACAAACUUAGUUCUUACAUGAUAGUACAUGUAUUACCUUCAUGGGGAAAGACAGAAUGGGAAAAAUUGAAUAUGAUUUUCCUGAAAUGAAAUUUCUUACAUCUUGGACAGUUAGUGUGUCAGACAACCAUUUACAAAUUUUAAUAAUAGAGGCUUUUUUGUUAUAAAAGGGAAUGAGGUAUAAUGUCCAAUGUUAAAAUGUUAGAAAUUGAAUCUCGAAUGUGUCGAAUCGUAAAUGUUAAGGACAUACCUCCAGUUGAAUAUCAAAUUUUUGAAACUGAUAUUUAUCAAAUAUCAAAAAUUCUAAGUCACAUGUUCUUAAGCUGAUAUUUUAUUGCGAUGCAAAGAACAGCUAAAUGUCUUCAGUUAUACAUCAACUUACUGUUAUAUGGCCAAUGCUUGAGUUGUACCUAUUGUAUGAGUAUUUUUAUAGUAAAUACUGCAACAAACACACUGAAGCACCUUUUUUUGGCAAUUACUAUAAACUAAUUUAUAAAAUCACUUGUUCAGUAUUUGAUAUCUACCCGAUGUGGAGAUAUGCCCCUUUAACACAAAACUCUCCUGUUUAUAGGACUACUGUACAUAAAAAUAUUAGUGUUUAUAAUGAAUGUAGUAUAUUGAAUGUGUUUAUUGGAUAUAUACAAUUGUUAAAAUAUCAUCAGCUCUAUAAAUAUGUAUGACAGUCGGUAUUGUCAGUUUUUAAAAGCUUUCACUAUAAGGUUACAGUGGUCUCUGGUCUGUGUGGCAACCAUUGCUUAUGACAGAAUAUACAAGGCUUGACAUCCUUCUGUGUUUAAUUGACAAAAAGUGGACCCAUGUUAGAAUUAUAGAUAUUUCUACUUUUUUUCCACUCCAGUUAUUUACAGGCUACUUUCAUACUGUCGGAGGCUCUUCUGGUAAUUUUCUGAAUGACAUUAUUAUUUGUGUUUGGUUUCUCAGUAUAUGCACUCUCCAGAUUGAAUAUACAGAUAUAUUAGUUUUCACUUCUCAGUAAGACAGUUUGUUGAAAAUGUAAGUGUAUAGUUAAUGAAGUCAUUAUAUUAUCAAGAAAAUGAAGUGGUUAAGUAUUUGUUGUUCAAUGUAUUAGGGUGUCUUUAACAGUUGUGUACAGUGAUUGAAUAAAGUGCUAUUGAAAUACAAGGCA